CCGCCGCAGCACGACCUUCUAGCAGCGGGUUUGACAGCGCAAUGUGUUGAUGAUUAGUGCUCGUGUUUAUUUGGUCGGAAUCAUGUUUCGUGCUACUUUCACAGUAUGUACAAGGGGCAUCUCUACACGGCUGAUCUCUUCUCUCUCUGGAGAAAGCGCUCUUCCGUCAAAUUUACGUCUUCCAGCAAAUCUAAUCGGGGCUCCUAGACAAAAGGCAGCCGUCCCCACCGGGUCCGAGCUUCCAGUUCUGCGCAGAUGUGACGCUGAUGUUCCAGCUCACCUCGCACCUGUUCAGACAUGGCUGCACUCCUUAGGGAGUUACGAGAGCGAGCCGUUGGGGGUCGUCGAUCUUCACCCUGAUGUGUUUUCCGUACCAGUCAGGCUCGAUAUACUCCAUGCUGUAGAGGUCUGGCAGAGGAAUUUCAAAAGAAUUAGCAAUGCUAAGGUGAAGAGCAGGGCGGAGGUCAGAGGUGGAGGCAGAAAGCCCUGGAAGCAGAAGGGAAGUGGACGCGCUCGCCACGGAAGCAUUCGCUCCCCGAUAUGGAGAGGAGGUGGCGUUGCUCACGGUCCGAGAGGACCAACCAGUUAUUAUUACAUGUUGCCUAUGAAGGUGCGUGUACAAGGACUGAAAAUCGCAUUGACCGCUAAACUCGCCCAGGAUUAUCUUCAUGUUAUUGAUACGCUGGAGAUUCCCACUCCAGACCCACACUAUCUAGAGGAACUGCUCAAACACAGGCAGUGGGGGGAUUCAGUCCUGAUUGUGGAUGUAGGGGAGGAGUUCUCUCACAACGUUCUACAGGCCACGGCAAACUUAAAGACUGUCAAUAUCAUUCCAGCCAUAGGCCUGAAUGUUCACAGCAUGCUGAAACACGAAAGUCUGGUGCUCACGCUGGAGGCUGUGAAGUUUCUAGAAAAGAAGCUGCUGUGGCACGACUCUCGCUUCACGCCGCUCUACCCUUUCAAGCUGCCCUAUAGUGAUGUGCCGUAAACAUCGAUGUAUUAAAAACAUUUAUUUCA